GCCUACAUGGGGCCUUUUGGAAAUAUCAAUAUUCUACCCACAUUUUUAGUCCGUAGCCUGUAUCUAAUUUAGAGGUGUAGUUAUUUUAGUGUAAUUCAUUUAACCAAUUCAUCCAUUAAUUUAAGUUAAAAUACAAAAAUCUACUAGAAUAAAUAAUUGUUUUCUGAAUAGCAUCGUUCACCCAUACCUUUACAAUUAAAUCUGUCACAUGUGGAGAAAAAAACAUUGAUCUGAAGAAACUGCUCAUGCGCGAGAAACAUCAAAACAAGCACAAAGCCAGCUGUCAAAUCGUUGCAACACCGGCGAACAUUACACAAUGUGUUACUAGGCUUUUAGAGGCAUCUUCUAUUGGAGACCGGAUGUGGUGAUCAAAGCGUUUAUUUACCAGAUAGAUCACAUCCACCCAGCGCAGAGUUGACCCUCUGACUCACUGUGUCACUGCCUCGGUCAUGGACACAGGUUCAGUAGCAGGUAGGACCAGUUCGGUCUCUGAAGAGAUGGAGGGGAUAUGUGUGAUGCCAGAUAUGAGCAACAUCAAGUCGGAACACCCGGGUGGGAGUGUGGACGAGACAGGUGCACAGAACGUGGCCAUGGGGAUCAAGUUCAUCCUGCCCAACCGCUUUGAUAUGAACGUGUGCUCAAGGUUCGUCAAGUCGCUCAACGAGGAGGACAGCAAAAACAUCCAGGACCAGGUCAAUUCCGACUUGGAGGUGGCGUCUGUUUUAUUUAAAGCCGAGUGUAAUAUUCAGACAUCGCCCUCACCAGGGAUACAAGUGCGUCAUGUUUACACCCCAUCCACCACCAAACACUUCUCCCCCAUCAAACAGUCAACAACACUCACCAACAAGCACCGUGGAAAUGAGGUGUCCUCCACUCCUCUUCUGGUCCACUCCCUGUCCAUUCACCAGCUGGCAGCACAGGGAGAAAUGGUGUUCUUGGCCAGCAGGAUUGAACAAGAGACAGUGAUUAACCUGCAGGAUGAGGAAGGCUUCACCCCCCUGAUGUGGGCUGCAGCACACGGACAGAUAGCUGUCGUAGAGUUCCUGCUCCAGAACGGAGCGGACCCCAACCUGUUGGCUAAAGGCAGAGAGAGUGCUCUGUCUCUGGCCUGCAGCAAGGGAUACACAGACAUUGUGAAGAUGCUCAUCGACUGUGGCGUGGAUGUCAAUGAAUAUGACUGGAACGGAGGGGUUCCCGUUCUCUACGCUGUCCAUGGAAACCAUUUGCGUUGUGUGGAAAUUCUCCUAGAAAGUGGCGCCGACCCCACCAUUGAGUCUGACUCUGGCUUCAACGCUAUGGAUAUGGCUGUGGCAAUGGGCCAUAGGAAUGUUCAACAGGUGAUGGAGGCCCACCUACUGAAGCUGCUGAUGGGGAUCAGAGAGUAACCCUUUAACCUGGGGCACAAGAGGAGGGACUGCCUGUGAAUGGAAAUACAGUGGACACCAUAAAGAAAAAAUAAUUAAGGCUGAGGAUGAUUGUGGAUCAUGUUGAGACUUCUGUUAGGGUGAAGCACAGGUGUGAAUGGUUUUGAUGAAGCAUGUGAGUAUUUAUGGAGACAUGCAACUCAAAUGUGUCAGUUUCAGGCCACCGUUCUGGUUAGAUGCCCUUUUCUUUGAGUUUAGUUUAUGAUGUAAAUAAGUUUUGAGCCAAAUGCUAAUGUAAAAGUAGUGCUUAAACCCGAACGUCUGCUCUAAUCAUGCAUUGAUAUCAAUGGAAGAUUUUUGUUAAAGUGCACAAUUUUCAUUUGAGAAUUUUGCUCCUCAAGUAACGGGUAAACACUGUAAAGUUGGGAUGAAAUUAAGUAGGUCAAAUGGAUUGCUUUGGGAAAAAUGUGUGGAUGCUUCUGUAGGUAAAAUGUUUUAAUUUGUUUUUGUUUAUGACUGACUUACAUUGGAGCAAAUUAGUUGUUUUCAUGGAAAAAAGAAACCGCACACUGCUCUUGAUAGUAUCACUGAUAUUUAAUAAGCUUACGUAUCGGCCUCACGGCCCUCGUCAGAGCUUUUGUUAUUUUAAAUUAGCACCCUUAUGUAGACCUAGCCCCACCCACAUCCGUUCCUCACAUCGAAAUGGGUUGGAGGCAAAGGAAAAACAAAUAAAUACUACCAAAUAUAACAAUGUGCAUUUCAUAAAUAUUACAUCUUAAACACGUCUGUAAAACCACAAUGAGGACAUAGCAAGUUUUCAUUAAUCAUUGGGUACAUCGUAGGAUCGAAUCCUCUGCAAUCAAAAUGGUAAAAAAGAAACAGCUUAAACAAGAGCACUUUCUCAAGCAAAAAUGUUGCUUGGACUGUCUGGGAGUAAUCUAAGUGGGGAGGGGGAAACUAGACGUUAUUGGCAGAGAGGUUUGGAACUACUUAUUCCAUUAAUGGAUUUACUGCCUGGUCAUGUCAUAGGCAGGCAAAAACUCCAUCCCACCAAAACAGGCUGAAAUUUCAGGUAGUCUUUUCAAACAACUCUUACACUACAAUUGCAUAAUUUUCACAGUAUUAUUCUGACCUCAAUGUGGAAAGCUAUAUUAAACACAGGAAAAUAGUAAUGCAUCAUAGCUACAAUAAAGACUACAGUAAGAUGGGCAGAAACUGGUUCUCCGAUCAAAUCCUUGAUACCACUUGGCUACCUAAGCUCAUGCGCAGAAACACAUUUGGGUUGUGCCUCGCGCAAGUGCAUGUCGUCAAGUCAAAGGCACUCAAAUAAAAUUGUAUUGGUCACAUGCACAUAAUACUUGUGUUCAUAGCUCCAGUGCAGUAGUAUCUAACAAAACAAAGUUGCUUUGGAGCUAGAAGCAGAGCUGCCAUGUCUGUCGUCAUCUUGUUUUUUACGAAAAUGAAAACAUGUCAGUUUGUCACUUUUUUUAAAUGUAUUAUUAUUUAUUAUUUAACUAGGCAAGUCAGUUAAGAACAAAUUCUUAUUUUCAAUGACGGCCAAGGAACAGUAGGUUAACUGCCUGUUCAGGGGCAGAACGACAGAUUUGUACCUUGUCAGCUCAGGGGUUUGAAUUUGCAACCUUCCAGUUACUAGUCCAACGCUCUAACCACUAGGCUACCCUGCAGUCUUUGGAUAUUGCAUAGCUGUGUGCUCAAGUUUAUAUACCUGUUAGUAACAGGUAUGGCUAAAAUACCCAAAUCCACUCAUUUGAAGGUGUGUCCACAUCAUUGUGUCAUACUUACCAGCAUUAGUCAAGAUAGCAGUCACGGUCAACGCUACCCCAUGUCAGCUCAAGCAUAAAUUACCUUUAAAACUUCAGUGUCGUCUGUCCAGUGUGCUGCUCUAUAGCAUGCUUUACAUCAAAUCGUGGCUUUAGGGUGCAACUAAAAAAGUUAACAGGCAGAUGUAUGUUCAUCUAAAAUAUACAACUGAUAAGAA